ACAACAAAUAUUUGACACAACCGUUGGAUCAGUUCCGGUGAUCAUCACGUGAUCAACAGCACUGACCGAUGACUCGGACAAAGUCGACGCCCGUAGCGAAGAGGCCGGAGCCGAGCGGCGGCCACAGCGACGACAACCGCACCGGCGAUGAAGACAAUGACGACGAUAUCAGUCUCAUCGACGACAGCGACAUCGUUACCAUCGAUGACGGAUCCGAUUGCGAACUCAUACCAUCGCUGCCAUCGCUGAUGAGUAGUAGUAGUAGUAGUGGUCGUCGUUGUCGGCCGUCGGCGAAGAAGCGCCGAAAGAGCCGCAAAAGUGACCGCAAAUACGAUUUCGUUGUCCGACAAGAGUUUGAGCGCUUCCUGACGGACGCCAACUUCUUCCUCACCAUUCAUUAUCGACCGCGAACCAAUGAAGAGACUGUUGACGAGCCGAUGCCCUCCACCACAACCACAACCAUUACUGUUGUGGACACUGAAGACACCACUCACUGCCGUUUGGGUUCAUUCAGUAUUGAAGUGUUGCCCGAAGACAUCACAUCCGUUGGUGACAGUGACAGCACCGAUGGUGGUGUGUGUCUGCCAUUGGAAAUCGACUCAAUAAACCGCCAAUCGGUGUACGUAUACGUAGAGCACCAGCUGUUCCGGUCGUGUCUGUACUACGAGUGCACCGAUUCGAUGACCGGACGGCACGCGUCCGUCUCAUUCGUGUCGCACAACGCGGCCAAAGAGAUUGGCGCUGAUUUUGUCCACUCUUUGGGCGCCAAUCAGUUCCGGUUGACGAGCGAUCUGUCGCCCGACGCGUCCGGCCAGCGCUUCGUUGUCGAUGUGUGGCUCCAGAGGUCGGCUCUCCGGCACCUGUCCUAUCACUCGCAGGUAUUCAUGAAACCCAAUCACGAGGCGCUGCAUGUGAUGAACCAUUUCUACGAUUACCCCAAAGCCAUUGAUGUGAAUGACGGCAACAAAGAGAUAACUAAAGAGAGCGUUGAAGAGCUGUACGCGAGGAUUAAAGCCAAACACAACGAGACUAAGGAUCAGCUCCAGACGUAUAACGUUCAGCACCGGUUCCUCUAUCCAACACUUAGACCCUAUCAGUGCGAAGCCGUCCAAUGGAUGUUAAAUCGGGAACACAUUGAUACGAUUGGAUCGCAUCAGCACUUAUACGAAACUGUGGUCACAAUAGACGGCACAUGCCUUGAAUACAACCGAUAUAUGGGUUACUUUAUUUCGGGCAAAAGUGAGGCCCGAAAUUACAUUUACGGCGUCUCGCAGUCGGGAAUACUGGCCGAUGAGAUGGGUUUGGGAAAGACUAUAGAAGUGCUGUCAUGUAUACUAAGCAAUCCCAGGCCACAGGCUUCAGGUGACCCGUCGUCGACCGACACUUACCACGAAUACAACGCACCCGAACUCAUCGACUGGGACUCCAACGGACAGACAGAGGAGUGUUUUGCGUGCGUUUGCGGUCUUAUAUCCAACAUAAGGGCGUAUCGGCGCCGCAAACUUAUUAUCUUCGACACCAUCACUGAUGAGGGAACCGAUCACUUCCAGUGCGACGCUCACAAGAGAGAUGACUACAAGAGCGAUGAUAACGAUGGUAACAAUGAUGACAAUAGCGAUACAGAAGUGGACGAAGAGUUUACCGACGAAUGGAAGAACAACUUCUUGCUCGUAGAGGACAUCCGCCGAUACCGGCGGCGCUCAAAGAAGUUGGCGAAGAAGUUGGCCGAAAAAAUGCUGGUCCGGUGCCGCGGGUGCGGCUCAUAUCAACACGCGGUGUGCGUCAACUAUAAGGUGGAGACCCGUCGGCCGUACUAUUGCGGCCACUGUUGGGCGCGACCGACGAUGAAACGGGUGGACUCGAGGGCCACUCUGAUUGUCAGCCCGCGCUCUAUUAGCCAUCAAUGGCAGGACGAGAUCACCAAACAUGUCGACUGCACUGAUCUCAACGUUUAUGUCUACGAAGGCGUCAAGUCUGCGGAAGGUUAUGUCCAGCCGUUUGAUUUGGCCGACAACGACAUAGUGCUGACCACAUACGAGACGCUACGGUCGGAGAUUGAUUUUGUCGAUUUGCAUCACUCGAAUCGGUUCCGUAACCCGAAACGAUUCAACGCCACGCCAUCGCCGCUGCUGUCGAUCAAUUGGUGGCGCGUGUGUCUGGACGAGGCGCAGAUGGUGGAGUCGGCGUCGGCUAAGACAGCGCAAAUGGCCCACAGGCUCUGGGGUCAGCACCGGUGGGCCAUCACCGGCACACCCGUCCAGCGCUCUGUCGACGACCUCUACGGCCUGUUACUCUUUAUUGGCGAAGAGCCCUUCCAUGAGCGACACUAUUGGGACAAAAUGCUGUAUUACCCGUACGCUACCGGCAAUUAUCAGCCAAUGGUAGAGGCGUUGAGCAAAUGCUUUUGGCGCACAUCCAAACAGGAAGUGUGGGAUCAGUUGGGAAUACCGGCCCAGACGUCGACGAUUGCGAGAUUACAGUUCUCGCCGGUGGAGCAACACUUCUACUCCAGACAGCACUCGGAGUGUAAGCAAAAGUUUACCGAAAAAAUGGUCCGCUUUUCCGAUUUGGACGUAAAGCUCAAAGAGUUGGACAAAAAGACGGCCAAUAUUGUGAUGAAACCGAUGCUCAGUCUUCGACAGGCUUGCUGUCACCCGCAGGCGGUUCGGGGAAAGUUUGUGCCCAUCUCUAAGAAGACACUAACCAUGGAUGAGCUGCUGAAGGAUAUGAUCAAAAAUACCCAAUACGAGUGUGAAGAGGAACACAGGAAGAUUAUCUCUUCUGUCAACGGAAUGGCCGCCAUUCAUAUCAUUGAAAAAGACUACGAGAAGGCCAUCGAGUUCUAUAGGCGGGCAUUGAAUUCAAUUGAAUCAUACAAAGCCAAAGACCUGUUCCGUACGGACAAACUACAGCUGAUCCAUACGUUGCAU